AUGGCCCCAUCAACGGCCGGAGAAGUCCCCUAUGGGUCGAGCUCUAUUCACUCCGACGCAAUUGAUUGCUCCGAACCCAUCAACUUCGAUAACCUCAAUGGCAAGACGAUUGUCAUCACCGGUGGGGCUUCGGGCUUUGGCAAGUCAUGCUUCGAGCUCUGGGCCACACACGGAGCCAAUAUCAUCAUAGGCGAUAUCAAUGACAAGACGGGUACCGAACUCGUCGCACAUAUUCGGGCUUCCAGCAAGAACCCGAAUCACCACUUCAUCCACCUUGACGUGACGAGCUGGGAGAGCCAGGCAGCAUUCUUCAAGCAAGCAGCUAGCCUCAGCCCGCAUGGAGGGAUCGAUUGUGUCAUGGCCAAUGCCGGCAUCGCUGACGCUCCAGAGAACGCCGUCUUUGAAGAACCUCCGGACUACGCGCACACGGACAACCCGCCUCAACCGAAGAUGAGGACGCUGGAUACGAAUUUGGACGGAGUCAUGUUCACUACGAAUCUAGCCUUGUCGUACCUGUCACGAAACCCAGGCAGUGACAGAUGCGAAGUUGGGAGGAAGUCAGCACCACGCGAUCGUCAUCUGAUCCUUGUCUCAUCGAUCGCAGGUCUAGCAGGCCUCCCAUCCCAGCCCAUCUACGCUGCCGCAAAGCACGGCGUCGUCGGACUGUUCCGGUCACUGCGCAUCACGACACCCAUCAAGCAUGGCAUCAGGGUCAACAUGAUCAAUCCGUACUUUGUCGACACGCCCAUUCUAGGGUCGCUGGGCGCGUUGGUUCUCGCGGGAGGCGGCAUGGCUUCGAUAGAGGACGUGGUCGAAGCCACGACGCGCCUGGCAAGCGAUCAAAGCAUCAUUGGACGGGCACUGAUGAUCGCGUCAAAGACGUCCGAGGAGCAUGCACACGCGACAGGCCUGGAGAGAGUCGUUGGGAGUCAGGCGUAUUGGGAUGUCUACGCUCAUGACUUUGGCCAGUCGGACCUGUUCACCAGGAGAAUCAUUGGCGUGACGAAUUUGGUUACCCAAGCACGAGGGUGGGCGGGCAUUGCGCAAGACGUACGCAAAAAAGUCUCUGCAGCCGUAUGGAAGAUGGCUGGAUACUGA